AUGGAGCUGCAAAAUUGGUUUUCACCAAAUGAAAAAUCACCAUAUUUUCAAGAUUUAGAUCCAACUUCAUCAAAUAAUUCAAAUCAACCAUUACAACAGCACCCACAUCAUCAUCAACAUCAUAAUCAACAUCAACAACUGCAACAACAACAGCUACAACAAUUAUCUAAUCAUUCUACACCAAAUCAUCCACAAAGUAAACCUAUGACACCUCAUAAUCUACAUAAUACUCCUAAUUUUGCAGAAGAACAAAUGUUUCUAAGUCAAUUAUUGGAAAAUCAAGAUUAUUAUACUGAUAGAAACUCAAAUCAACCAACUCCAAAUCAACAUCAUCCAAAUAUCAAUCAUCAAAAUCAUCAUCCUCAAAAUCUACAUCAUCAUCAUCAUCAUCCUCAAAAUCAACAACAACCACUAGAUUUAAAUCAAACUUUCAAUGAUAAUCGAUCUCUUCCAAAUCAUAUGACACCAAAUGUUUUACCUCAACAACAAAAUUUUGAAUUUGGUUUAGAAUUUAUAGUACCUGAAGAUUUAAGUUUUAGUGGAUCUUCUUCCGCUUUUCCUCCAAAUAUAGUUGAUGAAAAUACUCCUAUAUUACCUACACAAAAUUAUUCAUUUCAUCAACAACAUCAACAACUUCAUAAUCGAUCACAACAUCAUCAACAACAACAGCCACAUCAACAUCAACAACAACAACUGCACGACCAACUUCAACAUGACUUAAAUCAACAAAACAUACCUCCAUCUCAAAACAAUUUAAAUUUCGAACCAUUAACAUCUCCAGCAUUAACUGCUCAACAACCAUCUAUAAAUGAUAAAAGAAGAUCAACGUCGUCACAAUAUGCACCACCAGAAGAGCAAAAACAAUAUAAACGAAGAACACCUCAUGGUACCCCUAUAUUACAACCAAAUGGGAAUAAAAACUACACAUCACCAUCAGUGAAAGCUAAAAGUUCAACUCCUUUUAAUAAUUUUGAAAAAUUACCAGAACUGUCUAUACCUGAAUCUACAACUAUAAAAAAGGAAGAAUCUCAUACAUCCCUACCUGGUGAUGAUGAAAUGUUACCACCAAUUAGAAAACCAGUGGAAAUUAAUGACAACAACAAUAAUAAUAAUAGCAAUAAUAAUACAAUUAAUAAUGACAGUAACGGUAACACACCAUUAAUGGGAUUCACAAUGGGUCGAUUAGCAGAACAAGAACAACAACAACAGCAACAACAACAACAACAAACGAAAAAACAAUCCCAGCAACAACAACCUCUAAAAAGAUCAAAAUCUCAAACAAGAAAACCAUCAUUAUCACGUUCAAAAUCAUCAUCAUCAACAGAAUCAAGUUCUACUUCAACAUCACCAAAAUUAAAUAAAAAACCAGAAAAAUUAGCAACAAAAAAGGCAUCUCAUAAAUUAGCUGAACAAGGUAGAAGAAAUAGAAUGAAUACUGCUGUUGCUGAAUUGGGGUCAUUAAUUCCUCAAAGUUAUCAUGAUGAAGUUACUAUUCCAUCAAAAGCAACAACUGUUGAAUUAGCUUCUAAAUAUAUUAAUUCAUUAAUUAAUGAAAUUAAUGAAUUAAAAUCUAAAGGAAAUGAGAAAUAG